AUGAAUAGAAAUGGGCAUAUAAAAGGAGUGACCAAAGGGAGGAAGAAAAAAAUAUUGGUGAGUGUGAAUGUUCUUGGAAGUGUUGGUCCUUUAAGGUUUUUGGCUAACGAAGGUGAUGAAGUUUCAAGUGUUAUUAACACAGCUUUGAAAGCCUAUGCUCGUCAAGGCAGGAUUCCAGUUCUAGGGUUUAACAUUGAUAACUUCAUUCUCUACUCCAUUAAUGCCGGAUUCAACAGUAUUUUACAGAAAACUCUCUUUACCAUGUUUUAA